UUUAAGAGACGUCAUCACGUUGCGUCAUUACGUUGGUCGUCCUGGCAAGUGGCUAUCCCUUGCAUUUCCUUGAUUUUGGCAGCCAGGGUCAGUCUGAAAAGAGGACACCAUGGUGCUGAAUCCUGUUAUCUCCAAACUCACGAACAAACUGGUCGUGUUGGCGAGUGCUUCUCCAAGGAGACAGGAUAUUCUACGUAAUGCGGGUUUACAGUUUGAGGUGGUUCCAUCCUGGUUCAAAGAAACUCUGGAUAAAGGACUUUUCAAAGCGCCUCAUGAGUAUGCUGUUGAAACAGCCAAACAGAAAGCUCUGGAGGUGGCCAGGAGGAUGCCCUUUAAACACCUAAAGACUCCUGACAUAGUCAUCGGAGCAGACACAAUUGUGACUGUGGAUGGCAUGAUUCUUGAGAAACCAGCAGACAAACAUGAUGCUUACAGGAUGCUGUCGAGCCUGAGCGGUAAAGAGCACAGUGUGUAUACAGGUGUGGCGAUCAUCCUCUGCCACGACAAAGAAAAUGAAGAGGUGGACUACCAGCUCAUUGACUUCUAUGAAGAAACAAAGGUGAAGUUUGCAGAUCUGUCAGAAAGUAUGCUGUGGGAGUACAUCAAUAGCGGUGAACCCAUGGAUAAGGCUGGUGGCUACGGUAUUCAGGCCCUCGGGGGCAUGCUGGUGGAGUACGUCCACGGAGACUUCCUCAAUGUUGUGGGUUUCCCGCUUAACCACUUCUGCAAACAGCUGGAUCUGAUCUACAACCAGUUUAGUUCCUCUUCACAACAGGAAAGUUUGUCAGUUAACGAAAACGGGGCUCCUUGUAACAGCUCUUCCUCCAAACACAACCAGUCAUCCAGCUCCAGUCAGAUACAGCACAGCCAGAACAGUCCGUCAACCAGCCCCCUUCAGAAGGUGAAAAGGACUGACUAUGGCAAAGAAGCAUGUGGGAGUUCCCAGAAGAUUGUCAACAGCUCAUCUAAGCACACAGAAAACUGUGAGACUACAGCUUUAACGCCAAUGACCAGCAGGGGGCAGCACAGGGAGCAGGAGGAGAAUGAACCCAGAAAAGAAGACCUGCAGAAAAUGAUGGACUUGAUGGAUGGAUUCAAAGCCUCAAAGGCACUCUUUACAGCCUCCAAGAUGCUUGUGUUUGACCUGCUUCACAGCAGACCGGGUCUGGAUGCAGAGCAGGUCGCCCAGGAAAUCAAAGCCUCAGUGAAGGGGACUCAGUGUCUGCUGGAGGCAUGCGUGUCUCUGGGACUGUUGAAAAGCAAAGAGCAAACAUGUCAGCAGCUGGUGUAUGAGAACACAGAUUUGGCAUCACGUUUUCUCCUGACAGAUGCUCCUUUUUCGCUGCACGGCUACAUCCAGCAUUGUAACAACACUGUCUGGCCUCUUUUCUCUCACCUGGAGAGUGCUGUGCAGGAGGGAACCAACCAGCACGAGAAGGCAUUUGGCAAGAAAUCCAAUGACAUGUUUCAGGAUACUGUCUAUUACAAUCGAGAGGUCAAACUGAGAUUCAUGAAUGCCAUGCACAGCAUUGCUAAAGUCACAGGGAAAGCAGUCGCCACGGCUUUUGACCUCUCCAGCUUUAAAACUGCCUGUGACCUUGGAGGAUGCACUGGUGCCAUGGCUUAUGAGUUUACUAAAGCUCAUCCAGGGUUGUCUGUGACUGUGUUCGACUUGCCUGCUGUUGUUGAGAUGAGUGAACAUUUCACAGAGAAGCACAGAGAUGACAGGGUGUCAUUUGUAGCAGGAGACUUCUUUACAGAUGAGUUACCCAAAGCUGACUUGUACAUCCUGGCAAGAAUUCUACACGACUGGCCUGAUGAGAAGGUGCAUAUUCUGCUGAAGAGGAUCUUUGAUGCUUGCAGACCAGGGUGUGGACUCCUACUCAGUGAGAUCUUCCUGGAUGAAGACAGAGGCGGUCCGAGUCGUGGUCUGCUGCAGGCUCUGAGCAUGAGCGUGGGGAAACAGAGGAGCACCUCAGAAUACAGUCUGCUGCUGAAGAGACACGGCUUCAUAACAGCACAUGUCAGACACACAGACAACCUGCUGGAUGCUAUGCUCUGUAUCAAAGAGUGACUAAUGACUCCCUCCAAAAACUCCACUAAAAACACUACAUGGAACGUUCUUAAAAACUGUAAGAUGUGGGUAACCUUUACAAUAAAGAACUAGAAUAUUUUCAUAAGGUGUGAUUUUUACUAGAGGCAACUGUGAACCAAUAAAGUGUGAUUUUGGUUUAA